AUGUGGGAGGACGCUAAAAGUUUAUGCAGGUCCGCAUGCCUCGGUUGCCAUGCCAAAAGUGGCCAUCCAAAUUUACCAAGUCUAGCAAGAAAGCAAUGGCUCAAGGCUGAUAAGUCAGCAAACAGCAAAUCUUUGGUCAUUAGCUUGGAUGAAGGGGAGGAGAUCGUUGAUGAAUUUGAAGGUGUCAUCAUGGUUCAAUGGCAAGGCUUGAAAGAAACUAUCCAGCUUAAUUCUUCAACUGAAUCGAUGCCCCAACAAGAUUUGUUCGCGAAGAAGAGCUUUGUACUCACUUUUCAUAAGAAAACUCGCACAGAAGCAUACUUAAACCACGUCAUGGAAGAAGGCAAGGCAAUCCAAUUCAAGAAUGGCACUCGAAAGCUCUAUGCAAUCAACAAAAGUUACAAUUGGGAGUAUGAAGGGAUGUGAGCUACAUUUGAUACUCUAGCAAUGAAUCCUUGCAAGAAGCAAGAAAUCAUUGAUGAUCUCAAGAUUUUCAAGAAGGCAAAAGAUUAUUACGCGAAGAUUGGCAAGACUUGGAAGCGCGGAUAUCUACUCUAUGGCCCUCCAGGAACUGGUAAGUCGGCAAUGAUUGCAGCCAUUGCCAAUUUUAUGGACUAUGAUAUCUAUGAUCUUGAACUCACAUCGGUUAAGAGCAAUGCUCAUGAGUUGAAGCAGCUAUUGAUCGAUACAACGAGUAAGUCUGUCAUUGUGAUUGAAGAUAUCGAUUGCUCUCUUGAUCUCACUGGAAAAAGAAAGAACAAAAAUGAUGGAACUGAGAGGGAUGUUCAGGCGAACAACCGGAGAGUUACACUGUCUGGGCUUCUGAAUUUCAUUGAUGGAAUUUGGUCAACAUGCGGCCAAGAAAGGAUCAUCAUCUUCACUACGAAUCAUCUCGGAAGACUUGAUCCCGCCCUGAUUCGUAGAGGGCGAAUGGACAUGCAUAUUGAGAUGUCAUAUUGCGAAUUCGAGGCAUUCAAGAUUUUGGCUAAGAAUUACUUAGGCUUGAUUGAUGCACACCCUUUAUUUCGAGGAAUCAAGCUUUUAUUGGAGGAAACCAACAUAAGCCCCUGUGAUGUGGCUGAGAAAUUGAUGCCCAAACGUGACUCACAAGAUGCUGAGGAUCGUUUGAAGGACCUGAUUUUAGCUAUGGGAGGAAGCUGCCGAACGAAAAGCAAAAUGCAAGGAAGCCAAACCCAAGAACUUGGUGGCUGA